UUUAACAAGUGGGAGCAGUUUUUUCGUGGUAUAGAAUAUUGUGCGGUUAGUUAAGGGAAAAAUUAGUCACUAUUAUACCGCUUAUCACUUGAGUGUCAUUUCCUUUAUAUUAUGUUUUAAAAUUUGACGUUAUAUCUUGAUGAAUAAAUAUGGGCCAAAAGGUUUCACGUACUGAUUUUGAAUGGGUGUACACAGAAGAACCCCACGCGUCUCGUCGCAAAAUAAUUUUGGAAAAGUAUCCUCAAAUUAAAAAGCUCUUUGGAUAUGAUCCAAACUUCAAAUGGGUUGCCGGUAGCAUGGUAAUGCUACAAAUCUUGGCAUUGUUUAUCGUAAAGGAUUUUUCUUGGCCUUUAUUAUUAAUAGCAGCUUACUGUUUCGGAGGUAUAUUAAAUCAUUCGCUUAUGCUGGCAGUACAUGAAAUCUCGCACAAUUUGGCCUUUGGACAUAGCCGUCCUAUGCAUAACCGAAUUUUGGGCUUUAUAUGCAACCUUCCUAUUGGAUUACCUAUGUCUAUAUCUUUUCGUAAAUAUCACUUGGAACACCAUAGGUACCAAGGAGACGAAGGUGUGGAUACCGAUAUUCCAACUCUAUUAGAGGCUAAACUUUUUGAUACAACUUUUGGAAAGUUUAUGUGGGUUUGUUUACAACCAUUUUUCUACAUAUUCCGACCAUUGGUAAUAAAUCCAAAACCACCAACUGGACUUGAAAUUAUCAACACGAUUAUUCAACUUACGUUUAACGCUAUUGUCGUUUAUUUCUUUGGAUGGAAAGCAAUGGCAUAUUUAUUGAUCGGAUCUAUAUUGGCAAUGGGUUUACAUCCUGUCGCAGGGCAUUUUAUUUCGGAACACUAUAUGUUCGCAAAAGGUUUCGAAACGUACUCAUAUUAUGGACCUCUUAAUUGGAUAACAUUUAAUGUUGGAUAUCAUAACGAACACCACGAUUUUCCUGCUGUCCCCGGUUCAAGGCUGCCAGAAGUAAAACGCAUCGCUCCUGAAUUUUACGAUACAAUGCCACAACAUACGAGUUGGUCACGAGUACUUUAUGACUUCGUUACUGACCCUGCUGUUGGUCCAUACGCUCGUGUCAAACGUCAUCAGCGUGGACUCAAAACGUAAAAUGCGUUAAACUUUUUUUUAAAUAUAUUGCAUUCACUUUCCUUUAUUUAUGUGUAAUUAUGAAAGCAACGUCAUUUAAUUGAUAUUUUAUGUGCAUUCAAGUGGUAUCUAUAGAGCAAUACACACAUGAACUAGAUAGUCAAACUGUAUUAAUUUUUGUUUUAUUCUUUGUAUGGAGAAUGAAUAAUGUAUUAUAAUUAUAAUGUAGAACAAACAUUGCUUUAAAAUAUUUUUGAUUGCAUCAAAUAAUUUGUAAACUAUUUUCAUAUUUAAUAUAUAGACUUAUCAAAUCUAAAUGAAUACCAAAUAUUUGCAUCCUAUUUAAACGUAGUAUGACUCUGCUAAAUUGUAAUAAGAAGACACAAACUAUAUACAAUAUUUCAAACAUAAACUGAGAGGCCAUUUGUGUAAAAAGUGUUAAUUACGAAGAAUAUUUUUAUAUCUACAUAGGUAUGUAUAUGAUGUAUUAUAUUAUACACAAGUACAUAUACAUAUAUAUAUAUAUCCAUAAUUGGAUGCUAAGCACCAAAUAAAUAAAGUUCCGGAUGUUUCAAAAUGAUAUAAGUUGAAA